UAUUAAUAACAACGGCCGUUUAAUCGGUUCCCUUAGAAAUAUAUAUUUUUUCAUUUUAUAAAUUUAGUAGGAAUUUGAGCAUUGCUCAAACUGGUACUCUCGCGCUAAAAAAAAACAUAAAAUAAAAAAGGCCUUUAGUCUACUAAGAAAACGUGUAUCUAACGUAUCAGAAACGAUAAGCACGUGGGAUUUAUUUUAGAACGAAACACUCGAAAACUAAAAGAAAAAGUGAAAAAAAUUACAGAAUAAUCUAAAUUGUUUGCAAAUAUAAAUUAAAAAAAAUAAUAAUAAAACAAAAAAUAUGCCUUCCAAGGGUAAACAAUUGUUGGUUAUAGGCAGUGGUGGACGCGAACAUGCCAUUUGUUGGAAAUUGUCGCAAAGUUCGCAAGUGUCCAAAGUAUUUGCUUUGCCCGGCAGUUUUGGCAUUGAACAAUUGGAAAAAUGUGAAAAUCUUAAGGGUGUGAAUGUUAAAGAUUUCGAGGCCAUUGCUAAAUGGUGCAAGGAUAAUAAAAUUGAUUUGGUAGCCGUCGGUCCCGAAGAUCCUUUGGCCCAAGGUUUGGGUGAUGUUUUGCAAAAAGCUGGUAUACGUUGCUUUGGUCCCGGUCAACAGGGUGCCCAAAUCGAAGCUGAUAAAAAAUGGGCUAAAGAUUUUAUGUUGAGACACAAAAUACCCACUGCACGCUAUGAAACUUUUGUGGACUGUGAAAAGGCCAAGGAGUUUAUUUUAAAUGCUCCCUAUAAAGCCUUGGUGGUAAAAGCUGCUGGUUUAGCUGCCGGUAAGGGUGUUGUGGUGGCUGCUAAUGCUGCGGAAGCCUGUCAAGCGGUAGAUGAAAUUUUGGGUGCCAAAAAGUAUGGUUCUGCGGGAGAAACUUUAGUUAUAGAAGAACUUUUAACGGGAGAAGAAGUAUCUGUAUUGGCCUUUGUUGACAACAAUACUGUACAAGCCAUGUUACCCGCCCAAGAUCACAAAAGAUUGUUGGAAAAAGAUCAGGGACCCAAUACCGGUGGUAUGGGUGCCUAUUGUCCCUGCCCUUUGAUUUCCUCAGAAGCUUUAGAUUUGGUUAAAAAGGAAGUUUUGCAACGUGCUGUAGAUGGCCUGAAAGCGGAGGGUAUUGAUUAUAAAGGUGUCUUAUAUGCUGGUCUUAUGCUGACCCCCGAGGGUCCAAAAACUUUAGAAUAUAAUUGUCGAUUUGGUGAUCCAGAAACCCAAGUUGUUUUGCCAUUAUUAGAAUCAGAUUUAUAUGAAGUUAUGUCUGCCUGUUGUGACAACAAAUUGCAUGAGAUUACUUUGAAAUGGCGUUCGGAUGUUAGUGCUGUUGGUGUCAUCAUGGCCAGUGCUGGUUAUCCGGAAACUUCUACCAAGGGAUGUGUAAUUGAGGGUAUUCCUCCAAAUACCAAUGAUCAAAUUGUUUUCCACAGUGGUGUAGCUGUUAAUAAGGAGGGUCAAUAUUUGACCAAUGGUGGUCGUGUUUUAAUUGCAGUGACUUUGCGCCCCAAUUUAAAACAAGCAGCUGCUGAUGCCACAAAAAUCUGCCAGGGCAUUAGCUUCUCGGGAGCUGGAGCCCAAUUUCGCACUGACAUAGCCGAAAAGGCCUUUAAAUUCCAAAAGUCGUCUCAACCUUCUUUAUCUUACAAGGAUAGUGGUGUUGACAUAGAUGCGGGCGAUGAUCUAGUACAACGCAUUAAACCUUUAUCGCGUGGUACUCAAAGGCCCGGCGUUAUUGGUGGUUUGGGUGGCUUUGGUGGCCUCUUUAGGUUGAAUGAGUUAUCUUAUAAAAAUCCUGUUAUCUGUGAGGCCACAAAUGGGGUGGGCUCUAAGAUCCAGUUGGCUUUGAGUCAGGAAUUAUAUGAGACUUUGGGUUAUGACUUAUUUGCCAUGUGUGCUAAUGAUAUUUUAGAAUCGGGUGCUGAACCGGUGGCCUUUUUAGAUUAUAUAGCUUGCGGUAAAUUACAUGUGCCUUUGGCGGCUCAAAUUGUUAAGGGUAUUUCGGAAGGUUGUCGUGAUGCUAGAUGUGCUUUAGUGGGUGGUGAAACCGCUGAAAUGCCAUCUGUUUAUGAAGUGGGCAAAUAUGAUGUGGCUGGUUAUUGUGUGGGUCUGGUAGAAAAGGGUUCUGAAUUGCCCAAAUUUGAGUUAUACGAAGAGGGAGAUUUGUUGAUUUCUUUGCCUUCCUCUGGUUUACAUUGUGGUGGUUUCAAUGCAAUCUUAAGCUCUUUAAAGAAUCAGGGUGUAGAUCUGACAGACAAGUCUGAAUUUGGUGAUGUUACUAAAUCUUUGGGCCACAAUUUAGCUCAACCUUCUCGAGUUUAUGUUUUGGAAGUUUUACAGCUAUUAAACUCCAAACUUGUCAAAGCUAUAGCUCACAUAACCUCAGGUUUAAUACCCGAUGUGGCCCGUAUUUUGCCCUCAAAAUAUGAAAUAUCCCUAGAUUUUGGUGAUCUUAAAGUACCCGAAGUUUUUGCUUGGUUGGCUGGCAAGCUUAAACUAACUGCCGAAUCCUUGCUACAAAAUCUGAACUGUGGCAUCGGUAUGGUGUUGGUGGUGCCAAAAACUUCCUCGGAAUGGAAGUCGAUUAAAGGUGCCAAAGUAUUGGGUGUCAUCAAGCGUAAAAUUGCCAAUUGUCCUCAAAAAACACAAAUUGAGGUUAAGAAUUUCGAAGAGGCCUUGGAGAAAUAUGCCAGCAAAUAUGGUGCGUUGGGAGAUAAUGAACUUUUUGAACCUAAUUUCCAUGAUCUGCAAGGAUCUCUUAUUGUUAACUCAGAACAGAGAGAGGAAUUGCAUAUAGCGCAAAAUGGCCGCCGUUUGACAGAGGUACCCAAAACCUUUAAAGAUCCCAUUUUGAUUAUGGGCACUGAUGGUGUGGGUACCAAAAUUAAGAUAGCCCAGCAGACCGGUAGGAAUUCUACCGUUGGCAUAGACUUGGUGGCCAUGUGUGUCAAUGAUAUUUUAUGUAAUGGUGCAGAACCUUUUACUUUCUCCAGUUAUUAUGCCUGUGGUGAGUUAAAGGAGGAAUUAGCCGAAGAAAUAGUGGAUGGUGUGGUAGAGGGUGCCCGUCAAGCGGGUGCCAGUUUAAUAGAGUCUCAUUUGACAGAAGUGCCUUUACUUUACAAGUCAGAUGUUUAUGAUUUGGCAGGCUUUUCUUUGGGCAUAGCAGAAUAUGAACGCAUUUUGCCUCAUACUGAUAAAAUACAACCGGGAGAUGUGCUCAUUGGUUUACCCUCAUCUGGGGUACACAGCAAUGGCUUUAGUUUGGUGCAUGCUGUUAUGAAACUGGCUGGUGUGACCUUUAAUGAUAUAGCUCCCUUCAGUGGUUUGACUUUUGGCGAAGAAUUCCUUAGGCCCACCAAAAUUUAUGUUAAAGCCUUACAGCCUCUUAUUGAGCAAGGUUUGGUAAAGGCCAUGGCCCAUAUAACUGGUGGCGGUUUGACUGAGAAUAUACCACGUGUUUUGAGAAAAGAAUUGGCGGUACAAUUAAAUGCUGAGCAGUUUGUUAUACCCCCCGUUUUCGCUUGGUUGGCCCAAGAGGGUAAUGUUAAGGCUGCCGAAAUGCAAAGAACUUAUAAUUGUGGUUUGGGUAUGAUUUUGGUGGUGGAUCCUAAAUAUGAGCAAAAAGUUUUGGAUUUAAUACAAUACCCAGAACGUGCCUCUAAAGUGGGCGUGGUUAAACAAAGGCCAUCAUUAACGGCUCCUCAGGUAGUAGUGGAUAACUUUGAGAAAUGUUUAGAUAAAGCCAAGCGUGUUAUCAAUGCACCACGUAAACGUGUGGCGGUAUUGAUUUCCGGUUCCGGCACCAAUUUGCAAGCUUUAAUUAAUGCCUCUCGAGACUCUUCGCAAAGCCUUAAUUCCGAUAUUGUUUUGGUAAUAUCCAAUAAAGCCAAUGUUAAGGGUGUUGAAAGAGCACAAAAUGCCGGCAUACCUUGUGUGGUUAUCAAUCACAAAGAUUUCAAAACGAGAGAAGAAUUUGAUACGGAAAUGACCAAACAUUUGCUACAAGCUAAAGUGGAUAUUGUGUGUUUGGCUGGUUUUAUGCGUAUUCUAACAGAAUCGUUUGUUAAACAAUGGAAGGGUAAAUUAUUAAAUAUACACCCCUCCCUACUGCCCAAACACCCGGGAUUGCAUGUACAAAAAAAGGCUUUGGAAGCAGGAGACAAGGAAUCCGGCUGCACAGUGCAUUUUGUGGAUGAGGGUGUUGAUACCGGUGCCAUAGUAGUACAAUCGUCCGUGCCAAUUUUACCCGGUGAUACUGAAGAAUCUCUAAGUGAGCGCAUACAUCAAGCAGAAUAUUAUGCUUUUCCCAAGGCUUUGCGUUUGGUAGCCACCGGAGCCGCUCGUUUAACCAAAGAGGGCAAAGUUGUAUUUGCCUAAAUGGCAGCAAACAAA